GUUGCACAGUUCCAGGCCACAGCACUAGAGCAGGAUGAGCGGAGCGCUGGCAAAGGUGCUGUAUCUGAGAAAUGAAACAAUUUGUAAGCAAGCCUUUUCCAUCUUAAGGAACAGAACUGCUAGAGAAAAUCCCAUGUGUUCUGCAGGUGGCAUUCUACUGAAUACCAGUCGGCAGCACAGAUCAAAACCCACCCAUGGCAUUGGAAGAUACAAGCACCUAAUUCAACCACAAGAGCCUAAGAAGAAAAGAGUAAAAGUUGAAGUGAGACCCAUUAAUAUGGGAACAGAUUAUGAAUAUGGUAUGUUAAACAUUCACCUGAUUGCCUAUGACAUGGCCCUGGCAGAGAGUUAUGCCCAGUAUAUCCACAAACUCUGCAAUCAACUCUCCAUUAAAGUCGAGGAAAGCUAUGCGAUGCCCACUAAGACCAUGGAGGUGCUGCAUCUACAAGACCAAGGCAGCAAAAUGUUCUUGGACUCAGUUCUUACCACCCAUGAGCGAGUGGUUCAGAUCAGUGGUCUGAGUGCUACAUUUGCAGAGAUUUUUUUGGAAAUAAUUCAGAGCAAUCUUCCGGAAGGAGUCAGAUUGUCAGUGAAGGAGCACACUGAAGAAGACUUCAAGGGAAGGUUCAAAUCUCGGCCAGAACUGGAGGAGCUCUUGGCUAAGUUGAAUUAACUUGGUGCAGAUUCUUUCAUGCCAGCACCAUGGGUGAUAUCAAAUGCCAAGGAGUGUCCUGGAUUGUCAGAGUUAAGCAGGAGACCCUGACCAUCAAUCAGAUGGCGUGCUUGUCCAUAUCACUAUUAUCCUUUGAACUAAUCCCAAGAAUCCUCUAUUAAUAAAAAUUGGCUGAUGAUA